UUUGGUUGUCUCUGCCCUGUGCUUCCCUGUCUGCCCAGAAUAAACCCUGUAUCCCCCUUACUCACGGCUCCCUUCUCCUGCUUCCCUGACACCUAUGUGGUUGGCCAGUUCUGAGCAAUUGUUACAUUGUUGGAGAACUGAAGAGUUCAUCAGAAAGACUGUGUGCGGAUUCUGGUUUUUUCCCAACUUCAACUGAUGAGAGCAGGACACCCAGAAAAGAGUACCAGGAAGGUUUCUUGCGUUCCGGCACCUGUCAUCAUCUGCAGUCAGAAGCCAUCAUUCGUGGUCCCCACUCUAUAGUGACGCAGGCAUCCCACUUUGUAGCCUGGACUGUACGCCUUGGUCCCACAGGAUGCUGGGAGGUGGGGCUGGGAGUCCUCUGAUGGUAGGAGGAUUGGCUUCUAGGGGACCCCUCUCCUCGGCCGCACCCAGAAAGGUCCCUGAUCACAGCAGCUCAGCUUGCCUGAGAGAAACGGAGGUGAGAAAAGACAUCACGAAGACGAGGCGCAGUGCCGCAGUGCGAGGGCACUUCGAGCGACCUCCUCCUGCAGCUAGCUAUUCCAUCGGUGCCGCACUGGAAACGCGAGAUGGUGACUUCGAGCACAGAAGCGAGCGAUGGACCAAGGCCGGACGCAGAAGAUGGCCCGACCUGGAGCAAGGCUCUUUGGCCGUCAGGAUGGGGGCCGGAUGGCUCUCGGAUCUGACCGCGGCGGGAGGGGGCCCUCGCCGGAUGCCGUGGCCGAUUUCGCCUCCGUGCAUCAGGAGGCAAUGUCGUGAUGGUCACAGCUCCGCUGGAGAAUCCGGGCAGGAGGACGUCCUCCAAGACAGACCUCUCUGGGGUACAUUUGCUGUGAGGACUGGUGCAGAGCUGCUACCCAAAGCCACCUGCGGACGAAUGGAACAGGCGCUGUUACUUAGCGCUGCAGUACAACCAGCACACGUCGGAAAGAUCCGGAGCCCACCUACAAUUCCAACAAGACUUUUCAAGCUCUUAGGAGGUUCAUCUUGUCCCACCGUAGGCCACAGCAGAUCACCUCCAAAGCUGUCGCAUCAGGCCGUCUCGGUGAUCCCGAUCCGGGGCUCGAGAGGACCGGCAGCUGUAUGACCUCGCUGCGGAGGAGAAGGCGGAUCGAUGGCUCAUCUGAACGCCUCCUCAGUGCAGGCCUUUCCCCGCUUCUCUACACGAGCCGUUUGAGCUGACUGUAGAUGGACCAAGCUGGACUCGGCAGGCAGUGCAGGUGGCCCAGAAGGGGAUCCGCUGACUCUCAUCGCUCCCCCAGCUCGCUGUAUGAAAUUCCACAACCGAUGGCCACCAGUACUGCCGAGCCUCCCACCAGAAACCCAAUUCCGCCAAUGAUGUCAAAGGGACAGUCUUAAACAGAUUGGUGCCACACAGCCUUUUGCACAAUAAAGGGGUGCAGUUGGGUGAAUGGGCCCUGUACCCUAUAGUCCACUGUUGGAAUGUUGCCCAUGUAAUAAAACAUACUAAAGCAA